GCAAGAGUGGGCCGCGCGAUAGUCGGGGUAGGGACGGUACGUCAGCAUGUCGCGCCUUGCUAUCGUACGUAGAAUCACGGGCAAAUCAAACAUGGCGAUUCGCUCGCUGUUUACGGCACGGGCAUACGGUUACUAGAGCCGCGGCGGCUGGUUCCAGUACGCGAGAGUGACUCUUCGGUGGCGGUGCGUGAUCGUGCCAUCGCGUAUUAACGGGCUCCGGUGUGUAUUACGGGCAUGGAGCCGCACAGGACGGUAAAGGCGACGAGGAAAGUGUCGGGCGGCGCGGACGAUGGUGCACGCGACGCGAAGGGCGCAGAGGAUGAGCCAACGCCUACUACGUCAGUGCCUUCGGUCGCCAGGCGAGUGCCGCGAUCUGUCGGCAAGAACACGGAGCGGAGCGCCAAUCGCGCGUACGGAGGGAAUUACCCAUCCGUUAAUAACUGUAGAAGAUUGGAAAGCGGUAGCGGUAGUGGCGAUCAGGACGGCGGUCAACACGAGGACGGGACGGACAUCGCGGCGAAAAAGAGGAAAACUCGGAGGGGUAAACCCAAGUACAGGAAACUAAAGCCGUACUCGAAUCAGCACUUAACUACUCGGCAGCAAGUGUUGCGGAGCACCUGUAUCAGGCUUGCCAAGAUGAGCAGGCAACCACCGGCCUUGUAUAACACCACGCAAUUUCUUAUGGCCGAUCACAGCGAUCUGCCCGAUCUCGAGCAGAAAUUGUCGGAAGCCGCGUCACUGGAAGUACCUGCUAUGUUUCAGAAGCCGCCGGCGCCGUCGCGCACCCGCGACUCCAGUUUUAGCGUAGAUUCCGACGAGGAUUACUUCUACUCAUCUCCGGAGGACGAGGAGGAGUUUUUAACGAAGGAAUUCUCAACCGCGUACGAGGCUGUUCAUGAGGAGCGGUUGAGCACGCUGUCGAAGAUGGAAUUGAUACAGGAGUACAGGCAUUUAGAGGCCAAAAUGGAUUCGCUGGCGAAGAUAUUACGUAAUAAGGGCAUUCGUCAAAUGGAGGAGAGGGAUUCGGAGAACAAAAAUGUGUCCGCCACGGAUUGCGAGGUGGCGAAGAAAUUGAAGCUGUGUCAACAGCGAAUCGACGAUCUGUUACAGCAGAACGAACAGUUAAGGCGGGAGAACGAAAUGUUGCGAAAUGUUACCGAAAAGAGAUUACGCUCGAGCAGCCCCGAGUCUGACAGUGUCGACAGUGAAAGCGACAGCGACAGUUCUAGUAAUGGCAACCAAAGUGGAUGUAGUUGCUCUCUUUCGAGUUCAGUAACGUCUCCUAAGCAUACUUAUAAAUCUAGAUUAGAUAAUAAUGUAAGAACAGAUAACAAAUGCGAUAACUGCGAUAUUAGCCAAAUUGAAAACAAACCCAGUACAUCCAUAACACCUACUAAUUUCUCUAACGGUCAUAUAAUUCUGAGUGAAACCGGUAGUUUGCCCACGUAGAUCGCAAAAUUGCUUCUCAAUAGGUAUUGAUAUUGCGUUCGAUAUUACAAAAAGGUUGUCGUGGUAAAAGACAGGUUGCAUCUGUAUCAGGAUGCAACAAUUGAAGAAAACGGAUUCUUCAGUAAAUUUUGUUGCAAUCGCAAACACUGAAUCCAACACUAGGCACUUAAACUCCCUUCAGGUGCUGAAUCUUUGUAAAUUUUCUCUGACGGAAAAUAUGCGGGACAAUGGUCGGGAUCGAAUCGAGGACCCUACUAUUACUAAUCACUCGUGUUAGCGCAGAGCUAUACGUCAUCCCAAAUUUUGUUACAAUCGAGUUUCAUCUUUCUUCUAAUGCCUGCUAAAUCUCGUUAGACUAUUGUUUAACAUGCUAUUGCUGGUCGAUUCUUCUUUCCCUUGAGACUGUAUAUACAUACAGUCACGUGGAUACAUACAUAUAUGUAUAACAAUCUAAAUAUAGGAUUAAUGUUCUAUAGGAGAACUGUUCGCAUCUGUUUGUGCUAUUUUGUUAUCUGCUUGGCAAAAUAUUUACCGUAUCUAUCAUGUAUUUGCUUCUAUCUCUUGUUUACUCUGGUACCAUACACAAUGGUACUUGUGUUUUUCAGCCUGAUUUUUUUUCUCUCCUUUCUGCAUACUGCCAAUUAUAGGAGUUAUGUUUGCAAAUAAACGGUCUACAGACCAUCAACUAACGCAGACCUGUGUACAUAUACGCAUGGGUGAAGCGCAAAGCGCGAUUCUGUUUAGACCCAUCUGAAGUAUUAUAUGUAUAAAAUGUAAUGUAAAUUAUCAAAUGUGAUGACCUAUAUUGUAGGAAGUUAAAAGUCUUUGUACAAUUGUAUAGUUUUAGUCAGUAAGACGAAAAGUUAGUUUAUGGUCUGAAUUGUAAGAUACGCAAAAAGUGUUUUUCGCAUUUCCAAUUUUUAAUAAAUUUUAUGUUUUGCUCCAACGUGUAUGUUUCAAUUAUAAACAACGUGUAUUUCGGGUCAGUCUUCGAAAAUUUGCGUACGUACAUUUUCGUAUAAAUUUUUCACUUUGGAGGACUCGAAAUAUUUUCUUAACGGAAACCGACAAAAUUAAAUUUUUUAUACUGUAAGAAAUUUAGGAAUUUAUUCUGACAUUGUAACCGAGAUCUUUGAUGUUGCUCGUUUUUUUUGUGGGAUUUUCAUUUCUAUGCCGUAAAUUGAUAAAUCAAAAAAUGUUAAUUACAA